AUGGUCCACAAGAGGAAUCCAAUUGAUGACAACCCAGACACAGUCCUCAAUGAACGCCAAGCCCUGGAGAUGGCAGAGGGCAGUCCUUUCUGCAGCCAUGCCUAUGCUGCCUUUCAGACAGAGGAUUACUACCUAUUCUAUGUUAUGGACUAUCUGAGAGGAGGAGAUGUGUAUGACGCAUUUGAAACCUUGGGCAUAGCAAACAACUUGAAGCCAGCUGACCUCUCCAUGAUCAGAAUUCUGUCCGCGGAGCUCCUGUGUGGUCUGAAGCACCUGCAUUCCAGAGGAGUAGUGCACAGAGACCUGAAGAUUGAUAACAUUCUUGUAGACACUCGCUUCAAAAUGCCGAUACGGUGUGUCAGCAACCAAGUGUUUGGAUCCAACAUGUAAAAGAA